AUGGCGGUGGUGGAGAGGGCGGCGGUGGGGAGGGCGGCGGCGGCGACGGGGGCGGCGGUGACGGUGGAGGUGGAAAGGGCGGCGGCGCCAAGGGCGGCGGUGACGACGGUGGUGGCGUCGAGGGCGGUGGCGGCGAGGGCGGCGGCGGCGAGGGCGGCGGCGGCGAGGGCGGCGGCGGCGACGGGGGAGUCGGUGACGGCGGGGGUGGAGAGGGCGGCGGCGGUGACGGCGGCGGCGGAGACGGCGGUGGCGGAGCCGGUGGUGGCGGAGCCGGCGGUGGCGGGGAGGGCGGCGGUUGCGAGGGCGGCGGGGCUGAAGGCGGCGGCGGCGAGGGCGGGGGUGGAGAGGGCGGCGGCGGUGACGGCGGUGGCGGCGACGGGGGAGUCGACGAAGGCGGCGGCGGAGAAGGCGGCGGCGGAGAGGGCGGUGGCGGAGACGGCGGUGGCGGAGCCGGUGGUGGCGGAGACGGCGGUGGCGGGGAGGGCGGCGGUUGCGAGGGCGGCGGGGCUGAAGGCGGCGGCGACGAUGGCGGUGGUGGAGAGGGCGGCGGCGGAGAGGGAGGCAGCGGUGACGGCGGUGGCGGCGAGGGCGGCGGUGGAGAGGGAGGCGGCGGUGACGGCGGUGGCGGCGACGGGGGAGUCGGCGAAGGCGGCGGCGGAGAAGGCGGCGGCGGAGAGGGCGGUGGCGGUGACG